AUUAUGACCCCUCUGCGUCCCCAAGUGGAUAACACAAUGAUGUGGAAAAUGGGACCCCAUUUCUCCGUGCUGCUUGCCGUGUGGCUGGUGUGUGGAUCAGAAUCUCACUCCCCUGGCUUGGAUAGCGACAGCCUCACAGGGCAGAAAGUACCUUGGGCCUCUCCUAUUGGCAGUAGGUCAGCUCGAUAUCUGAGGCACACGGGGAGGUCUGGUGGAACUGAGAAAUCCACUCAGGAAGAACCAAACCCUCAGCCUCUCCAAAGGAGAAAGAACGUACCAGUGUUGAGAUUAGCUUCCCCGACCAUGAGGCCAGCGCCCUCAGGUAUCAAUGGAGUCCCAGUCAGACCUGAGUUGAGACCCAUAGCUAGGAGCUCCCCGCGUGAGAUGGUUCGAGAUGAGGGGUCCUCCGCUCGGUCAAGAAUGUUGCGUUUCCCCUCUGGGUCCAGCUCUCCCAAUAUCCUGGCCAGCUUUGCAGGGAAGAACAGAGUGUGGGUCAUCUCAGCCCCUCAUGCCUCAGAGGGCUACUACCGCCUCAUGAUGAGUCUCCUAAAGGACGAUGUGUAUUGCGAGCUGGCAGAAAGGCACAUCCAACAGAUCGUGCUGUUCCACCAGGCAGGUGAGGAAGGGGGCAAGGUACGGAGGAUCACCAGUGAGGGCCAGAUUCUGGAGCAGCCACUGGAUCCCAGUCUCAUCCCGAAGCUGAUGAGCUUCCUGAAACUGGAGAAGGGCAAGUUUAGCAUGGUAUUGUUAAAGAAGACUCUCCAGGUGGAGGAGCGCUACCCUUACCCGGUUAGACUGGAGGCCAUGUAUGAGGUCAUUGAUCAAGGCCCCAUCCGCAGGAUCGAGAAGCUCAGGCAGAAGGGUUUUGUCCAAAAGUGUAAGGCCUCGGGCAUGGAGGGGCACGUGGUCCAGGAAGGAAACAAUGGCGGCGGAGGGGCGGGAAGCACAGGCCCGAGCAGUGAGAAGAGGAAAGAGGACCCAAAGAGAGCCCAAGUCCACCCGACCAGAGAGCCUCACAGAAAGCUGGCCAUCACCAAGGCAGCCACUCCCCAACCUCCCCCAACUCCAAGGGCCACCACCCUUCCUCCUGCUCCAGUCACAACAGCCACUCGGGCCACAUCCCGAGCGGUGACAGUAGCUGCAAGACCUACAACCACAACUGUCUAUCCAGCCACCCAAAGGCCCUGGACAUCCCGGCUGCAUUCCUUCUCAGUCUCCCACAGGCCCUCUGCAACAGCUGAGGUGAUCACCACUAAGGGCCCCUCAGCCUCAGAGCAGCUCUACCCUCUGCCUCGGAAGGGGCAACAGAGGGAGAAGCCACAGGCCACCAAGAGGCCCAGCAAAGCUACCAACUAUGGGAGCUUCAUGACCACCCCGCCUACCACCCUCUGGGAGGGCAGCACAAGAGUUGCGGGCACAAGCCGCUUCCGCGACAACCGGACAGACAGACGAGAGCAUGGCCCUCAGGAUCCAAAUGUAGUACUAGGUCCUCACAAGCCAGCAAAGGGGAAGCUGUCCAGAAAGAAGGACAAAAUUCUCAGCAAUGAGUAUGAAGCUAAGUACGACCUCAGCCUCAGCCGGCCCACCAAUCCUCACGGGGAGGAAGAGAGGCAGGUGGAUAACAUUCCCUCCCAGAAUGCCAAGGAGUCGAAAAAGCACGAGAAGCUUGAGAAACCCGAGAAGGAGAAGAAAAAAAAAGGGAAGAGUGCAAAACCAGACAAGUUACUCAAGAGUGAAAAGCAAACGAAAAAAGCUGAGAAAAAGAGCAAGCAAGAGAAAGAAAAGAACAAGAAGAAAAAGGCCGGCAAAACAGAGCAGGAUGGCUAUCACAAGCCCGUGCCAAAGCAUCUCACUCCAAGUCCCAGGAAGUCAGUGACCGACCUGCUGGGGUCUUUCGAAGGCAGACGAAGACUCCUCCUAAUCACCACUCCCAAGGCUGAGAACAACAUGUACGUGCAGCAGCGGGAUGAGUAUCUGGAGAGCUUCUGCAAGAUGGCCACCAGGAGGAUCUCUGUGGUCACCAUCUUUGGUCCUGUCAACAACAGCACCAUGAAAAUUGACCACUUCCAGCUAGAUAAUGAGAAACCCAUGCGUGUGGUGGAUGAUGAGGACUUGGUAGACCAACAUCUCAUCGGCGAGCUGAGAAAAGAGUACGGAAUGACCUACAAUGAUUUCUUCAUGGUGCUGACGGAUGUGGAUCUGAGAGUGAAGCAAUACUAUGAAGUGCCAAUAGCAAUGAAGUCUGUGUUUGAUCUGGUCGAUACUUUCCCAUCCCGAAUCAAAGACAUGGAGAAGCAGAAGAAGGAUGGCAUUGCCUGCAAGGAGGACAAGAAGCAGUCCCUGGAGAAUUUCCUGUCCAGGUUCCGAUGGAGGAGGAGGCUGCUGGUGAUCUCUGCCCCUAAUGAUGAAGACUGGGCCUAUUCACAACAGCUCUCCGCCCUCAGUGGUCAGGCAUGCAAUUUUGGUCUGCGUCACAUAACCAUUCUGAAGCUUCUGGGGGUUGGAGAGGAAGUUGGAGGAGUCUUAGAACUGUUCCCAAUUAAUGGGAGCUCCACUGUUGAGCGGGAAGAUGUGCCAGGCCACUUGGUCAAAGAUAUUCGCAACUAUUUUCAAGUGAGCCCAGAGUACUUCUCCAUGCUUCUAGUUGGAAAAGAUGGGAAUGUGAAAUCGUGGUAUCCUUCUCCUAUGUGGUCGAUGGUCAUCGUGUAUGACUUAAUUGAUUCCAUGCAACUUCGGAGGCAGGAAAUGGCCAUUCAGCAGUCACUGGGGAUGCGCUGCCCGGAAGAUGAGUAUGCAGGAUAUGGCUAUCAUAGUUACCAUCAAGGCUACCAGGAUGGCUACCAGGAUGACUAUCGUCAUCAUGAAAGUUACCACCAUGGAUACCCUUACUGAAGAGAAAUAUGUAACCCCAUUCCCAUCCAGUUCCCCCUCAUCUGUUGAAGCUGUGUGUGGCCAGCUGCAUAAGGGAAUUCCUCCAUACUCUACAUGCUCUGCCUUUUUCUUCCAGUGUUCUUCCAAGAUUAAAGAAAUAGCAAACUUUCCCUU